CAUAUUUCUCACUCCUUGUCAAAAGGAGCUGGGAAAAUGAGAGCUCACCUGGUAUUUCUGGUUGCUCUACUGAGUCAUUUAAUGGAGUGCGAAUGUGCGAGAGGGAACCUCAAAUUUAAGAACUUGGGUAUUCAGAAUCGUACAGUGACGCCUGAAGAAAUGGCAAAGUACGAGAGCGACCCUUCUUACUGGCAACCCAAAGUUGAUUUCAUCUACCGUGGAUCAAAAAAUUCCCAACCAGAUAGCGCGGGAGUUAGCUUUGUGAUACCAUCUAAGGUUUCAACGCAAAUUACCGGUGGAAUGAGAGCAAAACCAAAACAAUUUCCUUGGCAAAUUCUGCUAAUCGCCGACCAAAGUUGGUUGUGUGGAGGUUCUCUUAUUUCCACCGAAUGGGUCAUGACUGCGGCACAUUGCAUCGACGGGGGCACGAGUUUCUUUAUUGCCGCAGGAGGAGUCGAUCAGUUAAACGAUCGGGAAAAAGGCAAACAAACGUACCUGUCAAAAAUUGCAAAUAUGCAUGAAAAUUACAACUCAACAACUGCUCAUAACGAUAUUGGUGUGGUCAAAGUUAAAUUCUAUCUAAGUCAAGAUGUGAAUCUCAUUCGCCUUCCACGUUACUCAGACGGGGCUAACAAAUUUGAAAACAUGGACAAUGUUUUGCUCUCUGGUUACGGACAGACCGCUGAUACUGGCGACUCAAGCAGAUACUUGAUGUAUGUUACCAUGCAAACGAUUACCAACAAUGUAUGUGCGCGGCUCUAUGCACCUGAGUAUGUGCCCAACUCUGUUCUUUGCACAGGACCCGAUGCCACAAAAUCAGCAUGCUUUGUAAGAUGAUCUAUUCAAGGAGAUAGCGGUGGCGCUUUGAACAUUCUGAUGGCAGAUAAAAAAUACACCACGAUUGGAAUCGUCUCUGGUGGUCCAGAACUCUGUAUCAACUACAUCUCAACUUACACCAGAGUGACCAGCUUUUUGGGAUGGAUUUCCAAAAACACUGGAAUCAAAAUUUUAACGUGAUUUCUCUGAGGAUUUCGAGAGUUAGCAAAAAUGGUUGAUCAAUGAUAUAAUGAAAUUCUAUUUUAAAAUGCGGAAUAAACCUUUACACUGGAAAUUUAACGCAUUAAAAAAAAAUUGUUUUCCAGUGAUACUUUCUAACCAAUUUUCCAUCAUAAAAUAAGCAAUUAUGAUUUUAAGU